AUGCGCAUCUCGUUUCUCGCUGCAGUACUUGCCGAGUUGCUUGUAGGCUCGUCAGCUGCGGGCAACUCGCACAAAUAUGACCGGCGCAGCCAUAUUCCAGCACGAUCAAACAAUGGCACCGCCGCUCCAAAAGCCGGCCUCUUUGACCAACUCAUUGACCACAACAAUCCCAGUCUUGGCACCUUCAAACAGCGAUUCUGGUGGAGCGCCGACUUCUACGGCGGCCCAGGAUCGCCCAUCAUCCUCGAGGCUCCCGGUGAGGCUGCCGUCGACGAGAAUCUCGUCAACCAUUCCAACGAGACCCUGACUGGUCUCUUUGCCCAAACAAACAAGGCUGCCGCCAUCACUCUCGAGCAUCGCUACUGGGGUGGCAGUUCUCCCGUUGGAAAGAACUGGACGGCCCAGACUCUGCAGCAUCUCAACCUCGACAAUUCCAUCCAAGAUCUUAUUUACUUUGCUAAUAAUGUGUAUCUUCCGUUUGAUUCCCAUGGUGAUUCAAAGCCCGACAAGGCUCCUUGGGUCCUGACUGGAUGCUCGUACCCCGGCGCUCUCACGGCCUGGACAAAUGUCCUGGCACCCGGUAUCUUUUGGGCAUACCAUGCAUCCAGCGCCGUCGUCCAGGCAGUCUCAACCUUUUGGGAAUAUUUUAGUCCCAUCGAGCAAGCCAUGCCACGCAACUGCAGUUCUGAUUUCAAAAGGCUGAUAUCGCAUGUUGAUGACGUCCUCUUUAAUGGCACCACACACCAGAAACAGGAGCUCAAGGCGCUCUUUAAUAGCAGUAGCAACACCAGUGACAGCGACUUUGCCAACGUGCUGUCGAGUCCGCUGGGAGACUGGCAAAACACCCACUUCACGAGCGGUUAUACUAAGUUUAACCAGAUGUGCGAUUAUGUCGAGAAUCAAUGGUCUGGGAGCAAUGUUUCCAUCCCCGGACCAGAGGGGGUUGGUACACAGCGUGCCCUCGAGGGGUUUGCCAAGUGGAUGAGAGAACGUAACAGCACGUCAGAAGACCAAGAAGACUCCGACGAGCCUCUCUGGAUGUGGUUUCUUUGCAACGAGCCGUUCGAGUGGUGGCAAGUCUGGGGUCCUGGCUCAGACAACGGCCUCGUAUCCAAGGCUCUCACCCGCGACAGUUCCCUGGCUGAUUGCAAAACUAUGUUCCCUACCGUCGGCAAUUCUACCUAUGGUCUCAACAAGGGCCGCACAGUCGAUCAGCUCAACCUAAAGACAGGCGGCUGGAAUCAUGUCAACACGACGCGCCUCAUGUGGGUGAAUGGGGAGUAUGACCCCUGGACCCCAGCCACCGUCUCGUCCAAGUCGCGACCUGGAGGUCCUUUGAAGUCCACCAAGCAAGCCCCUGUGUGGGUCAUUCCCAAGGCUGCACACUGCAAUGAUCUAGAUGUUAGGAAUAGGAUCAAUGAAGGUGCGCGGGAGGUCAUUGACGGGGUCGUGUCUCAGAUGCAGGAGUGGGUGGCCGAUUAUUACAAGAAAAACGGUACAAGCUUGGCCGACGGUGUCUGA